UUGAUUGAAAAAAUAUAGAAGGAUAACAUUACAAAUUUGUGGUAUAUUGAGGAUACAAUAUAAAAAAUUUAAUUUUUAAGAAUAUAAAAUAAAAAACUUAAAAUAUUUUAUGAUACAAAGUCUGAAAAACCCUUUGAAUUGCAGCCCACCUCCUCAAAGUGCCCUGCUCUCACUUUAUAAAUACCAACCAAGUGUGCUAUGCAUUUCCAUCGCUUCCAAUACUUCAUCUCUUGUUACUCCAAGUGAUCCUGUUUUUAUCAUUUCCUUCUGUUUUUAGUUUCUCCAAUCUAGGCAAGAAUGGGUGUCAUCACUACCACCGAGGAGUACAAAUCUAGCGUCUCUCCUGCAAGGUUGUUCAAGGCUUUGGUCAGUGAUUCCCACAUCCUCAUCCCUAAGCUCGUUCCUCAGUCGGUCAAGAGCAUCGACUUUAUCAAGGGAGAUGGUGGUGUUGGCAGCAUUAAGCAAACCACCUUCCCUGAAGGGAGUCACUUGAAGCUCUUGAAGCACAAGAUUGAUGAACUUGAUGCAAGCAAGUUCCACUGCAAGUACACCUUAAUCGAGGGUGAUAUCCUUGGGGACGUCCUGGAAAAAGUUGUCUAUGAGGUGAAUUUUGAGCCAUCAGGCACAGGGUGUGUGUGCAAGACCUCAAGCCAUUAUCACACCAAGCCUGGUGUUGAGAUCAAAGAAGAGGAAAUUAAGACAGGAAAAGACACGGCUUCGCCUACCGAUAUGUACAAGCUCGUGGAAGAAUAUCUCAUUGCCAACCCUGAUGUCUGUGCUUAAAGUCUGAGGUGUCUUGCUUAAAGUCUGAGGUGUCUUAAGUUUGAGUUACUACUACCUAAGAGU